AUGAAGUCUUUUGGUACCGUCUUUGCCGUCAUCCUUGCGGCGUCUCAAGCACUUGUUCUCGCUAAGUCGGUAUCGCCGUCCGUCACGGCACUCUCUUCGACCGUCGGCCCAUCCACCACGUACACCGACGGCCCAUCCGCCACGUACACCUCGGACGACCCGUCCUCCACGUACCCCGCAGACCCAAUCGACAGUUCUGCCGCGGAGACCGCGAACGCGACGUUGGCCGACUCCGCCAGCGCGACGGUGACCACCCCCGCCAACGCAACGUCCACCCACGUCUCCAACGCCUCCUCCCUCGCGAGCGGCUCCCACGCGAACGUGACCUCCUCCGGCGCCGCCGCGAGCCAGACCACUGCCAUGUUGAACGGGACCCCGAGCAACUCGAACCAGUCCAAGCCGGACGCAGGCAACGGCGCGUUUGCCGGUGCGUCCGUCGACGUCCGGACCGGGCUCGCGGCGAUCCUCGUGGUCGGGGCUGCCGUCGCAUUCGGCUUCUAG